AUGAGCCAGAACAUACCUAAGAUUCACCUGCCUGUUCCAUAUACCUUGUAUAGGGCAUCGCUUGUCCACACUCCUAAGUUGGGCGAGUUGGAGAUCUUGCCCGAUAUGCUUGUCGGCGUGGACUCGAAGGGUGUGAUUGACUGCCUCGAGCCAGCAUCAGGAUCUUCGAAUCCACAAGAAUUGCCCCGUUUCAAGGGCAAGCAAAUGCGUUAUGUGGAUCUCCACGGCACGCCGUGCCAGUUCCUUGUGCCAGGCUUCAUCGACACGCACAUCCACGCACCACAGUACCCGAACAUCGGAAUUGGAUCUGAGCUUCCGUUGUUGAAAUGGCUCGAGAAGCACACUUUUCCGUUGGAGACGCAAUUCACAGACGAAAACCCAGACAAGAUGGCGUUUGCAGAGGAGAUCUACACCAAGUGCAUUGAUAAGUCACUUGCCAACGGUACAACGACCGCGUCGUACUUCACCACAAUCGAUGGGGAAACAACCAGUCUUUUUGCUGAUUUGUUGGCCCGCCAUGGCCAAAGAGGCUUUGUGGGCAAACUGUGCAUAGACUGCAACCCCGACUUUCCACACUAUGAGGAGCUGUAUGAAGAAUGUGUGGAAUCUAUGGAAACAUUGAUCGACCAUUGCAAUAAAUUGAACUGUGGGAAGUCCGAUUUUGCCGUUAAAGCCAUCAUCACCCCUCGCUUUGCCCUCUCGUGUACCCGCGAACUCAUGACAAAGCUUGGCCUGCUUGCUAAAGAGCACAAGUUGCCCAUCCAGACGCACAUCUCCGAAAACAAGGACGAGAUCCGCUUAGUGCGUGAAAACUUCCCUGAAUGCGAGAACUAUGCUUCUGUGUACGACAAGCAUUCUUUGCUCGGACCAUCUACCAUUAUGGCCCACUCCAUCCACUUGUCCAGCGACGAGCGUGAAUUAUUCCGCAAAUCGGGAUGCUCUAUCAGCCACUGUCCACCCUCAAACUCUUUCCUUACCAGCGGCGAAGCUCCUGUACAUCGCUACUUGUACGAAGACAAAAUCAACGUUUCGCUUGGCACAGAUCUCUCGGGCGGCUAUGAGCAGUCUAUUUUGGGUGUUGCUCGCAGUGCAAUCAUGGUAAGUCACCACUUGGCGAUGCACACCGAAAACAAUAACGUGCGGGUUUCUAUCGCCGAGGCGUUGUACAUGGCGACAAUGGGCGGUGCUAGAGCAUGUGGUUUGGGCGACCAGGUGGGCUCCUUUGCCGUGGGCAAAACAUUUGAUGCGCAGCUCAUUGAUUUGGAUGCACCUGGCACCAAUGUAGAUGUGUUUGCCUUCCAGAAACCGAAUAAACCCGAAGACGACGAUUACAAGGAGAAGUUGGUUCAUUUGGUAUAUCGCUGGGUCUUCUCAGGUGAUGAUCGUAACUGUGUACGUGUUUGGUGUAACGGACGUACAGUGGUGAACAAGGAAAACCAGUGGGUGUAUAUUGAAAGAGAGAGCAAGGAAUAA